AUUUUCCUGUUCGUACUUGAGCUAUAGAUGCCUCGCCUUCAAGCUGGGCCACAAUGUACAGGAAAAUGGAAGUCUCUCCAGCUAUGACUGUUGAAGAAUAUGAGUGCAAGAUACAGCUGGCCAUAGCGGAAGUCAACACACAGAAUGAUAAAACUGUGAAAAGUCUUUAUGAUAUGGCUGAUGAACUGGACAAAGCACAGCGGAAAAUGAACAUAGCUAAAACCAGUUUUGCAUCUGGAGGCAUUGUUGGAGCAGCACUUACUAUAGCAGGGAUUGCUUGUGCCCCAGCUACCUUUGGUGCCUCUCUGGGGUUGACCAUUGCAGGACUGACUCUUGGAGUAACCAGCGGGGUCGGCGGAGUGAGCACUGAAUUGGCAAAUAAAAUUAUUAAUGACAAAGUUUUGGGAAAAGCUCAACAGGAAGCUAACAUUUAUCACGAAAAGGGUCAGUCUUUGCUUCUAUUAAUGGACAAUAUGAGAAAACAGUACGGAAGUAAGUUUAAAACGUUUUUAAUGGAUAAAGUGAAAGGAAAGCUGAAACCCAAACUUUUAGAAACGAUAUCGAGUCAUGGAACAACGGCUGUCAAAAUCAUUGAAAAAAUCAGCAAAACUGGUACAAAAGGACUUAAAGGCGGUGGCAUUGCGCUAUGCGCGCUGACUAUCCCUUUAAAUGUACAUGCCAUAGUUGCAAACAGCAUCAAAAUUCAUAAGAACACACCAUCUGGCACUGCAGAAGAAAUUCGGAGAAUUGCAGAGGAGUUAAAGGACAGAGAAGCUGCGUCUGUUGAAGUUCAAAAACUGAGGAGAAGAGUUGAAGAGAUGGAGAGGAGCCAGGAGAAACACUGUCAGGCUUGGGAUGAGGCAAAGAAGAAGAUUGAAGAAGACAUCACUGAGGAAAUGGAAACUAUUGCCAUAGAGAUGGAGAGGAGCCAGGAGAAACACUGUCAGGCUUGGGAUGAGGCAAAGAAGAAGAUUGAAGAAGACAUCACUGAGGAAAUGGAAACUAUUGCCAUAGAAUAUGAAUACCAGCACUCUGCUAUAGCAGGGAUUGCUUGUGCCCCAGCCACCUUUGGUGCUUCUCUUGGGUUGACCAUUGCUGGGGUGACUCUUGGAGUGACCAGCGGGUAG